UUCCUGUUGGUCGAAGGUCAGUGGCACGAUCAGUAAAAUAUUUGAAAUGAUUUUGCAUUGUGAUAUUUAUAUGGAUUAUAGUAGUGAUUACGGAUGAGUUUUGAAGAAUUUAUUUACUCACAGACGUAAUUUGUGCAGGGAUAGUUGAAGAUGGCAGAUUCCAACAUAAAGUGACUUUCAGUAUCAUGUCCCCAAUAGUAUGUAGUUGAAAUUUGCAGCAGCAAUACUGCCAUUUCAAUAUGGACGACAGGAAUGGGGAGUGCUUUGAGCAUCAUCAAGAUGUAUACAACGCUGGACCAAUAAGCACAUCCGAUUCAGAACACGAGUGUUUAAAAGAUUUUCUGUUUGAGCCAAGGGAUUCUGUGAGAGACAUGCCUUGCAGUGACAGGGCAGAUAACUCACUGGGCCAUUGCUUGGAAACUCAAACGACAACUCAGAAUGAUUUAGGAGGGGAAGGUGUUUUUGAGAAUUGCACAGAUAUGGUUAAUUCAUGUAGUGAAAGGGAAGAUGAAUCUGAAAUUCCUUCAAAGUGUAGGGAAUUAAUUAAUUCUCAGAACUCUUGUUCAAGCAUUAUAGAAACUACAAAUUCUGAAAAUGAAAGGAACGGGACUUAUCUGUCACCGUCACUUAACAACGAGAAUCUUAUGAAUUUCAGUGAAUCUCUGAAUGUUGAUAAAUUAAGGGACAGUGAAAGUAGUCAGUUCAAAGAAGAGACAGAGAGAGAGAACUCUUCAGAUUUGUCUUCUGUAGUACAAAAGGAUAUUGACAAUGAUUUGAGAAGUACAAAGGGUGCAGAUCGUCAGGUAAAUGUUAGGAACAAGUUGCGUGUUGUGUCACAUCAAAUGAAAGUACAGGAGUCUCCCAAAAGUGGAAGUGAAGGUCAAGAUGGAGAAGUAGAAAAUGCACAUUCAUCCGAAAGUUCUGAUACAGCAAAAGGAAGAAACUCUGCCCCUCGAGGGCGCAAACGCAAGGGCGUUGAAUCAACAGCAAGGGGGCGUCCUCCAGGUGCAGCCAAAAAGAAGAAACAGCCUGUUACUUACCAGAGCCAGAUAUCACCUGACCAGAAAGGCAUCAAAAUUCGAAUCAAGAAAUCUUCAGCAUCACCUUCUAUGGUUCGACCUCCAAGGCGGAGGGAACGUGGAAAGAAACGCAAGAGCAAGAAGGGUUCGAAUACUGAAGAUGAGGAAUCGGACAUUGGUUCCAAUAAACAAGAGAAGUGGAAGGAUCCAGGUGUGGGUGAGGAAUCAGAAGGUGAUGAAUUUGGUGAGCAGAGUGAUUGGGGUGUUCGAUUACCAAGACAAGCUCUGUAUGAUAUUUUCUUCAUGGUCACACAAGAAGAAGGAUGUCUACCGUUCCUUAUCAGGAUGUGUCGAGUUUGCAGGCUUUGGCGAGAUGUUGCACUGUCAGCUUCAUUGUGGUAUAACAUUGAUCUAGCCAGCCCUUGCAUCAAGGACAAAUACAAAACUACUGAAACUGUAAGAUGGCUCUGUGAGAACAGGCUUACCAGAGUUCAGGAAUUAAAUGUUGGUGGCUGGAAAUUUUCACCAAUAGAACCAGUGUUGGAUGUUAUUUCCAAGUGUUGCCAAGAUCUCCGAGGGCUCAACAUGACAGGGUGGAAAGGCCUUAAUUCAGAGCAUCUCAAGUUUCUCAUUGCCAAUUGCCCACUUCUCUCACGACUUGAUCUCUCGAGUAUAAAUCCCGAAACCAACCACACACGGAGUGCUCUGUCACUUUUUUCAAUAAGCCAUCUAACACAAACUAUGGGUGAUAGGCUGACUCAUCUGAUAUUAGCAAACAACAGGCUUGCAGCAAUACCUCAGCUAAUAACAGCUAUAGCAACUCAUUGUCCCAAUUUGCAAGUUCUUGAUCUAUCAAAUCUUCGAACUGUAGCUCACACUACAGCUCCAUUGCACAUUGAAAAACUGCAGGAAGGCUGUCACAAACUGCGAAUAUUGAGAAUAACAAAUAGCCAGAUUGCUCUUUCAACAGCAACUCUCAAGGAGCAGGUUGCAUCCCCUGGUUUCCCAGCUCUGGAGGAGCUGAGUGUUGCUGGUAAUGCAGUGGAUGGCUUCUGUUCAACUCCUGUCAUGGAUGACAAUGCUGUGGAAAGGAUUGUGAAAAGCUCCCAUAAGCUGAAGCUGUUAGACGUGCGGGGAUGUUCACGGGUUUCCGAUUCAAGUUUAGUCAGAGUUCCAGCUUGGGAUCUGGAACAUCUUUUCCUUUCAGGGUGCUAUGUGACAAGGCUUACUGGUUCGGGCUUGGAACUGAUAGCACAGAAGUGGAGUCAUAGUUUAAUUGAAGUGGAUCUAGCGUGGAGCACUGCCACUGAGUCAUUGGACUUGGCCGUUACAGCACUUGCCGAACAAGGGACGGAAUCACCCCUAAGGGUUCUUAACCUGUGUGGCUCGUCAGUGAGUCUGAGUCCUGUUAAGGCAGUGCUGCUUCGUUGUCCUCUGCUGGUCUCCCUGAACCUGUCCUCUUGUCGAGCCCUGCCUCGUGGCAUGAAGAGGCUCUAUGAAGGAAGCGAUGUGACUGAGCUGCGAAGCACAUUUGAGGAAAAGCCAGAAGCUGACAAGGAUGUCACAGGACCUCCAGAACAAGAGGAGAUGGAGGCUGAAAAGGGUGUUAAUGGACUGUUACAAAUACUCAGAAAGGUGGAAGCCAAAUUUACACAGCUUCAUAGUUGAUUGUUUAUGCGUAUAGAAAGUGAAAUUGAAGGCUCAGAUUCAAGGUCUGGUGUACUGGAAUGAAUAUAGAGUGUGCAGGUGGCUGCUGUGUUCAAGUUUGAAUGUCUAUAUUAGAAAAAGAAAACUGAACUCACCAAAAAAAAAAGGGUUUUAAUGAUGAAUACAAACACUCGUCUAUUUUCUUGUGCACUGCUUUUAUAAUAGACUGCCUAGUAAAUAAGAAAUUGUUUUGAGAUGCAAUAGCUUUUGAAAGACUGCAGCGAUUAGAAGUGGAUAUACCAAAAUUCUGGUUACAGUCAUAUCCAUAGUAGUAGACCCAGUGACCAGAGUGGUUCAUGCCAAUGCUCUCAUAUUCAGUCAAGCAAGAUGCUGUUUGCAGAAGUUUGAGCAGUAACUGAACUGCCCAUUAUAAUCAGGAUUUAAAUCUUUCAUUGCUGUUGCACUGGCAGCCAGAUUUAAACUUGAUGGUAAGUGGAUUUGUGCUGUAAACUACGUGAUACUAGGUCUCUGGAGUGGGCUGCUGGGACGUGCCAAGAUCUUCUGAAUCAGUGCAUGCAGCAUCACAGUAAUGUGAUACACAGAAAAUAGAUAUUACUUAACACUUCACGGACCGGUGAUUUAAAUAUUUAAAUCACCCUGGGGACCAGCAUUUUUAAACAUACUACCCUAACUUGUGCACUGUU